AUGGCGCCGUCGCAGGGAGAAACUCCUCCCCUCCCAGCCUCAGCUGAUGAGGCAAAGGACUUAGACACCUUUCUUCAUGUGUUGAAUAAGCUCGCCAGCUGCAUUAACACAGCGGUCAAUGAAGGCAAGAACGUGACCGCUGCUAAUAAGCGAUUAAUUAGUCUAGCUGCGGAGGAAAUUCACAAAGCUGGGCAUAUUUUUGGUCUCCUCAACCCCGCGUCCAUCCAUAGCUCACCAGCCUCCAACAGCGAGCUGAAGGAGGAAAUUCUAUCAUGUGUGAGGGAGGAGAUCGCAGGCGUGAAAAAACUGGUCAUGGCCAAUAAACCGACAUAUGCACAGGCAGCUGCAGUGGCUCGCGGGGCUUCGGCGCCCACUGGGCCAACUGCCCCCCGCAUCCCCCCCCCUCAGUGUCCAAACCAGCGAUUAUAA